GAAUGGAAGGAAAAAGGCGUGGAGGUUGGUGUGGUCGACGCAUAGUUGCAAGCAAGAGAGGAGGAAGUGGCAACGAUGACAAUGGCAAUGGCAAUAAUGGAUUAUUAUUCAUCAACAACAACAGCAACAGUCUCAUCAAGAAGCUCCUAACCCGCGAGAUUAGUUCCAAACCUCAUCGUUCUUUUGCCACCGCCACUGCCCCUCACAGAUUCCGCACCAUGCGUUUGUCUCAACAAUAUGACACUCAUGAUCCUAAGUCUCACUCUUCUUCUCCUUCUACCCUUUUGCCUUUCCUCAUGAAAAGAACCAAAAUUGUUGAAAUUGUUGCUGCCAAAAACAUAGUCUUUGCUCUUGCCCACUCUGGUUUAUGUGCAGCUUUUAGUAGAGAAACGAAUGAGAGGAUUUGCUUUUUGAAUGUUUGCCCUGAUGAAGUCAUCCGGAGCCUCUUCUACAACAAGAACAAUGACUCACUUAUUACAGUAUCGGUUUAUGCUUCUGAGAACUUCAGCUCUUUGAAAUGCAGAUCUACAAGGAUUGAAUACAUACGAAGGGCCAAGCCGGAUGCCGGGUUUCCUCUUUUCCAGUCUGAGUCUUUGAAAUGGCCUGGAUUUGUAGAGUUUGAUGAUGUUAAUGGAAAGGUCCUGACUUAUUCUGCACAAAACAGUAUAUACAAGGUCUUUGAUCUUAAAAACUACACCAUGCUUUACUCGAUUUCAGAUAGCAAUGUUCAGGAAAUCAAGAUCAGUCCUGGCAUCAUGUUAUUAAUUUUCCAUAGAGCCAGUGGCCAUAUUCCCCUUAAGAUUAUAUCCAUUGAAGAUGGCACAGUUCUCAAAUCAUUUAACCAUCUACUUCAUCGGAAUAAAAAAGUGGACUUCAUAGAGCAAUUUAAUGAAAAGCUUCUAGUCAAGCAAGAAAAUGAGAACCUUCAGAUUCUUGAUGUUCGAAAUGCUGAACUUAUGGAGGUAAGCAAGACUGAGUUCAUGACUCCAUCGGCAUUUAUCUUUCUGUACGAGAAUCAGUUGUUCCUUACUUUCAGAAAUCGAACAGUUGCUGUUUGGAACUUUCGUGGGGAACUUGUUACUUCAUUUGAGGAUCACCUGUUAUGGCAUCCAGAUUGCAAUACAAAUAACAUAUACAUAACUAGUGAUCAGGAUCUCAUUAUCUCUUACUGCAAGGCUGAUUCUGAUGAUCAAUGGAUGGAAGGCAAUGCUGGUUCCAUAAAUAUCAGCAAUAUCUUGAGUGGGAAAUGUGUGGCUAAAAUUGAUGCAACAAAUAGCAGCUUCAAGGUAGAUGAGUGCAGAAAUACUGCUUGCAGCUGCAAGCUGAGUCAUUCAUCCCAACUAAGGAGUUCAGUUGCAGAGGCUUUGGAGGACAUAACAGCCCUCUUUUACGACGAAGAUCGAAAUGAGAUAUAUACUGGUAACAGGCAUGGUCUAGUUCAUGUAUGGUCUAACUAGUGACAAUGUGCUUUUGGUGAUGAGAUAUAUAGUGCCUCAGCAUUAAAGCAUUAGUUGAUAUGAAACUGUAAUCUAGCACUUUGCAGUUGUGUAUUUCAUAGUUUGUGCAAGAAAAACUAGUAAAAGAGUGAAACAAGGAGGAGUUCUGGAAAAAUUGAUAUGCAUGCUUUUCUUUUACUGAGUUUUAGGUGGUCUUAGAGGUUUGGCCUUAAUAGUUUCUGUAUAGUGAAUGCAAUUACUACUCAUAGAAUUUUGAGGCAGAUAAUGAAACAUAUUACUUGUAUUAUUAGUUCAUCCUGGAAUUCAAAGGGGACAAUGUGGGAUGGAGGCAAAAAAGGGCAAACUACAUGGGUCAUUCUAGUGUUCUUUGUUAUGCCGCUACUUUUUUGUUCUAAUAGUUUUCUAGGAAUUAAGGAGACCCCAUUGUUAUGCUGCUGCUAUUUUUGUCACAUAAUGGAUGUGCUGGAGUU